UACAUUAGUUAUUUUGACUAGCUGAUUUGUAAGAGCUUUUUAUGUAGAGUUGUCUGGUAAAAUUAGUUUAUUAUUUGUAAUUGUUUGUUAGUUGAACAUAUAUAAUGACAAUUUAGGACAUUGAUAAUUUUUUUUUUACUCGACUAAGUUCAAGAAAUUGGGAGGGCAAGAAUGUGAGUUAGAGUAACUUUUAGGAUAAAUCAUUUCAGUUCAUUUCACUUUAUCUCAGUUUAGUAAAUCAGAACAACGCCUUAAUACGGAGGGUGAAAAGGUGGAAUUAGGAAAAGACUGGUCCAAACUGAAAACACCGAAACCUCCGUUGUCCACGUGACAAGAAUAUUUGAGAAGGUUUAAGUCGUGGCCAAAUUUCAAUAAAUUGAUAUAUAAAUACUAAUACACCGUACUUUUAUACCACAACUCUAUUUCACAGAUCACAAUCAUCGGAUCUCAAUAUGAAUGUCACUCUCAAACUUCUCUAAUUUUUUUUACCAAACCCUGGCCCGACCCGGCCCACCACACACUUACAUUCUCAAGCUCUUUCAUCAUCAUGCAUGUCGUCCAUCCUUGAUUUACAUUGAAUCAAACAGACUGAAAUACAAAUCCAGGUAAGUUUUAUACAAGGCAAUCAUGGCAUGCUCUUCAAUGAAUAUAUCUACAUCCCACAUUGCCGCGGCUAGGAUAGGUAUCCUUGGGGAGAAUGGUAGUCUUCGACGGUCAUCCUCCGGGGAAGAGUUAUAUAAACAAGCUACUAUUAGAAGAUCAUGCUCAGACAACAACCUCUUAUCCUCCUCAACCCGAAUAAAUAAGCUGAAAUCAAUCCGCUCCUUUGGGAUUUUCUCUAACCCAUGUCCAACUUCCACCUCUUCAACUCAUAUAAAUGCACUAUUGUUUGAUACUGAGGUUGGGAAUGAGAACAUUACGACGACAGUUGAUGACAAGUUAUUGAGCGAUAGUGAAAUGGAAGAGGAAGUUGAGAGGGAAGAUAGGGUGAAAAGAGUGAAUUGGGUGCAAAGGCUCCUAGAGCUGAGAAUGCGGUGGAAGGGUAGAAAGGAGAAGGAAGUUGAUUGUAGGUAUGAAGAGAUUGAAGAAGAUUGUAAUGGAGAAGAUGGUUGUCUAGUGGACUAUGGAGAGACAGAAGAUGAAGUAAAAAUCGAUUUAGAGUCAUUCUCAAAGUUGCUCGUUCACGUGCCUUGGACUGAUGCAAAGAAGUUCUCUAAGCUAUCUUACCUGUGUAACAAAGCUUAUUCAAUUCCAGAACUUAAGGCUCAUGACUUGCAACAAUACCAUGGUCUACAUUUCAUAACAUCUUCAUUGGAGAAGAAAGCGAAGGCUAUUGCACUGAACGCAAUAUUAGCCAAAGAUUCUGCUCACCAACAAGAAGAUAACUUGGAAAACCUACAGCAAAGGGAUUAUGUAGUUAGCCCUUCUGUUGCCUACGAAAUUGCUGCAUCAGCAGCUUGUCAUGUUCAAAAUCGAGCCAAAAAAGAAUCUCAUCCUAGUACCAGUGGAGAUGCCUUUUAUGCAGCAAAUAGAGAGGUAUGUCCUGUGCCGAGAGGUUAUAAUUCAGAGAUGGCCGCGCAAAUGGCUGCAACAACGAUGACAACAGUAGUGGCGGCGAAGGAGAAAGAAAAGCAAGCGGCUGCAAAAGAACUUCAAUCAUUACAUUCUUCCCCUUGUGAGUGGUUCAUUUGUGAUGAUCCAAGUACUCAUGUGCGCUAUUUUGUAAUCCAGGGGUCUGAAUCACUGGCAUCUUGGCAAACAAACCUUUUUUUUGAACCUGCCAAUUUUGAGGAAACAGAUGCAGCUGUUCAUCGAGGAAUUUACGAAGCAGCUAAGGGAAUAUACGAACAAUUGAUGCCAGAAAUCCAAAAUCAUAUAGAUUCCCAUGGAGAAGAUGCAAAAUUUCAAUUUACAGGACAUUCUCUAGGGGGCAGUCUAUCACUAUUAGUCCAAAUGAUGCUUAUUGCGAGAAAAGCUGUCAAGCCAUCAAUCCUUUUACCAGUAGUUACUUUUGGAUCACCAUUUGUGUUUUGUGGUGGUGAAAAAAUCCUGAAACGGUUACAGCUCGACGAAAGCAUGGUUCAAAAUGUCAUCAUGCAUAGGGAUAUUGUUCCUAGAGCGUUCUCAUGCAAUUAUCCUAGACAAGUUGAACAGGUCCUAAAGCGUUUAAACAAAUCUUUCAGAUCACACCCAUGUCUCAACAAGCAUAAAAUGUUGUACUCUCCUACAGGGCAAGUAUUUAUUCUUCAACCAACUGAAAAAUUAUCCCCGUCUCAUCCACUGCUUCCGCAAGGGUGUGCUCUUUAUGCAUUUGACAAGGCUCAACCUAAUUUGAUAGCACAUGCUUUGAGGGAAUUUCUAAAUACUCCACACCCUCUAGAAACUCUAAGUGAUCCUAGAGCUUAUGGUUCGGAAGGAACCAUCCUCAGAGAUCAUGACUCAAGCAACUAUACAAAGGCAGUCAACGUGGUUAUGAAGCAGUAUACGAAGAUAGCCUUCCGAAAAAUCAAGAAAGAGAAACACAUGGUAUGGCCAUUGGUUUCAUCUCAAUAUUCAUGGACACAUGAAGGUGUCUUGGAAAAUACUUCAGUGAGGAAGGAGGUCGUGACUAGCGUGUGAUGUUAUCGGUACCAAGAAUGAAUCGUACGCAGAAUGGAAUUGGGAUAAAGAACCAACUUCAAAUGUUGUCUAAAUAAAUAGAAACAACAUAAUGAAAUAAAUAGAUGAAGAGAGAAGACCCAUGUUAUCCCAACUUCAAAUGUUGUCUAAAUAAAUAGAAACAACAGAAUGAAAUAAAUAGAUCAAGAGAGAAGACACAUGUAUAUAUGUAGUAUCAUAGUUGGAACUAGGACUAUUUUGUACAUUCCAUGUAUAUAUACCAAUUUCAAAAACUUAACUCAAGAUUCAAAACUUGUAUGUUGUUGAUUUAGGAUGUACAAAUCAAGGGUUUUGCUUUAAUUUGCAUAAUUAGUCAA